AUGCAACUCCUAAAUACUCGAAAAGACUCCCUGGAACAGCAGCAAACGGGCAAAAGGGAAACAAUGUACUCAGUACAGCCGCCACCGCCACCAGGCAGGGCGAGGACGGGCACCGGGCUGCCCCCGGGCUACUGCUCGCCCAGCACGGCCGGACACGCACCUGUGAUACUGGGCCUGCAGAAACUGGAAUUCCUCUUUAAUCCGGUCCAGGGACUCCGGGAUAGUGAACUUGAAGGGCUGGCCUGCAGCCUGGUGCGGCGUCUGGGGGCCACCAGUGAGGGGAACCGAGGGACGGGGGCUUCAGGGCGGGUCGCGGUUACGUGCGCCCAAGUCGCCCGGCUGGAACGACAGAGGCUCCCGGGCGGCCGGGGAACACCCGGCCAGAUUGUCAUCGAGGACACCGCCCCCUCCCCCAAGGGAGCAAUAAUGACCCCAAGGAUCAGAGUAGAAAAACAACUCCCUAACGCUCCCCGUUCCCAGAAUCGCCGGGGCCAUCUCCAGGAGCGCCGGAACGGGGGCUGCAUUGACAUUCCAAAUGGCAGGAAGUCUAUUCUGUUCUUCCAGAAGGAGCUCAGCAUUAUUGAGGCAGCCCAGCCUGGUGGGAACCAGUGUAACAGAAUACAGGGUUCAGUUUGGUUUCUGCUGCUCUGGGAAACAAGAAUUGACAUGUCCCAAACCCACAUAAUGAAUGAAAGGACUGAAAUCGCCAAGAGAUUGAAUACAAUUUGUGCACAAGUCAUUCCAUUUCUGUCUCAGGAACAUCAACAACAGGUGGCCCAGGCCGUCGAGCGUGCCAAACAGGUGACCAUGGCAGAGUUGAAUGCCAUCAUCGGGCAGCAGUUGCAAGCUCAGCAUCUUUCUCACGGCCAUGGACCCCCAGUGCCCCUAACGCCUCACCCCUCGGGACUUCAGCCUCCUGGCAUCCCGCCCCUCGGGGGCAGUGCUGGCCUCCUGGCACUGUCUAGUGCUCUGAGUGGGCAGUCUCACUUGGCAAUAAAAGAUGACAAGAAGCACCAUGAUGCAGAGCACCACAGAGACAGAGAACCGGGCACAAGUAAUUCCCUCUUGGUCCCAGACAGUCUAAGGGGCACAGAUAAACGCAGAAAUGGGCCUGAAUUUUCCAAUGACAUCAAAAAAAGAAAGGUGGAUGAUAAGGACUCCAGCCACUAUGACAGCGAUGGUGACAAAAGCGAUGACAACUUAGUUGUGGAUGUGUCUAACGAGGACCCUUCUUCUCCGCGAGCAAGCCCUGCCCAUUCACCCAGGGAAAAUGGGAUCGACAAAAACCGUCUGCUGAAGAAAGAUGCUUCUAGCAGCCCAGCAUCCACAGCCUCCUCGGGAAGCUCCACUUCUUUGAAAUCCAAAGAAAUGAGCUUGCAUGAAAAAGCCAGCACGCCUGUUCUGAAAUCCAGCACACCGACGCCUCGGAGCGACAUGCCAACGCCGGGCACCAGCGCCACUCCAGGACUCCGUCCAGGCCUCGGCAAGCCUCCAGCCAUGGACCCCCUCGUUAACCAAGCCGCGGCCGGCCUGAGGACGCCGCUGGCGGUGCCCGGCCCGUACCCUGCCCCAUUCGGGAUGGUGCCCCACGCCGGCAUGAACGGGGAGCUGACCAGCCCCGGCGCUGCCUACGCCAGCCUGCACAACAUGUCCCCGCAGAUGAGCGCGGCCGCCGCCGCCGCCGCCGUGGUGGCCUACGGGCGCUCCCCGAUGGUUGGGUUUGAUCCUCCCCCUCACAUGAGAGUACCUACAAUCCCUCCCAACCUGGCAGGAAUCCCUGGGGGGAAACCUGCAUACUCCUUCCACGUCACCGCGGACGGUCAGAUGCAGCCCGUCCCUUUCCCCCCCGACGCCCUCAUCGGACCCGGCAUCCCCCGCCACGCGCGCCAGAUCAACACCCUGAACCACGGGGAGGUGGUGUGCGCGGUGACCAUCAGCAACCCCACGAGACACGUGUACACGGGCGGGAAGGGCUGCGUCAAGGUCUGGGACAUCAGCCACCCCGGCAACAAGAGCCCCGUGUCUCAGCUCGACUGUCUGAACAGAGAUAACUACAUCCGUUCCUGCAAAUUGCUCCCUGAUGGUUGCACCCUCAUCGUGGGAGGGGAAGCCAGCACUCUGUCCAUCUGGGACCUGGCGGCUCCGACCCCGCGCAUCAAGGCGGAGCUGACGUCCUCGGCCCCUGCGUGCUACGCCCUGGCCAUCAGCCCCGACUCCAAGGUCUGCUUCUCGUGCUGCAGUGACGGCAACAUCGCGGUCUGGGACCUGCACAACCAGACGCUGGUGAGGCAAUUCCAGGGCCACACAGACGGGGCCAGCUGUAUUGACAUUUCUAAUGAUGGCACCAAGCUCUGGACGGGCGGCCUGGACAACACGGUCAGGUCCUGGGACCUGCGAGAAGGGCGGCAGCUACAGCAGCAUGACUUCACCUCACAGAUAUUCUCCCUUGGAUACUGCCCAACUGGGGAGUGGCUGGCCGUGGGCAUGGAGAGUAGCAAUGUGGAAGUUCUUCACGUAAACAAACCCGACAAGUACCAGCUGCAUCUCCAUGAGAGCUGUGUGCUGUCCCUCAAAUUUGCUUAUUGUGGUAAAUGGUUUGUGAGUACUGGCAAAGACAACCUCCUCAAUGCUUGGCGGACCCCCUACGGAGCUAGUAUAUUCCAGUCCAAAGAGUCCUCGUCCGUGCUUAGCUGUGACAUCUCUGUGGAUGAUAAGUACAUAGUCACUGGCUCAGGGGACAAGAAGGCUACAGUCUACGAAGUCAUCUACUGA